GAGCACGGCUCUAGCCAAACCACAGUCUGGGCCAAACCAAUUGGGAACGCAAGUGUUUAUGGGACGGUGGCAUUUCAUCUGGCUAACCUUAGCUGUCUUGCUUAUUGACUUGGUAAAUCGACAUUCGGCUGGCAGAAGCAAAUAAUUAAAGCAUUUGAAAUGAUUUGACUAAACGCGCAAUCAUGAAUCUCAGGGGUUUCUUUCAAGAUUUCAACCCCAGCAAAUUUCUUAUCUAUGCAUGCCUGUUGCUGUUCUCGGUGCUGUUGUCACUGCGCCUCGACGGCAUUAUUGAAUGGAGCUACUGGGCUGUCUUUGCACCAAUCUGGCUAUGGAAGCUCAUGGUCAUUAUUGGUGCCUCAGUUGGCACUGGCGUCUGGGCCCAUAACCCCCAGUACAGGGCCGAGGGGGAGACUUGUGUGGAGUUCAAGGCCAUGCUGAUUGCUGUGGGGAUCCACUUGCUCCUGCUCACCUUUGAGGUGCUGGUGUGUGCCCGCGUGGAGAGGGGCACCCACUUCUGGCUGCUGGUCUUUAUGCCACUCUUCUUCGUCUCGCCCGUGUCCGUGGCGGCGUGCGUGUGGGGCUUUAGGCACGACCGCUCCCUGGAGCUGGAGAUCCUUUGCUCUGUCAACAUUCUCCAGUUCAUUUUCAUCGCCUUGAGGCUGGAUAAGAUCAUCAGUUGGCCCUGGCUGGUGGUCUGUGUUCCUCUCUGGAUCCUUAUGUCUUUUCUCUGCCUCGUGGUUCUCUACUACAUUGUCUGGUCAGUGUUAUUCCUCCGUUCCAUGGAUGUUAUUGCUGAGCAACGGCGCACUCACAUCACCAUGGCGAUCAGCUGGAUGACCAUUGUUGUGCCCCUUCUAACUUUUGAGAUUCUCUUGGUCCACAAGUUGGAUGGUCACUACAACUCCAACUAUGUUCCAGUGUUUGUGCCUCUGUGGGUAUCCUUAGUGACCUUAAUGGCAACCACCUUUGGCCAGAAAGGAGGCAACCACUGGUGGUUUGGCAUACGCAAGGACUUUUGUCAGUUCCUUUUGGAGCUGUUCCCCUUCCUCCGGGAGUAUGGAAACAUCUCCUACGACCUGCAUCACGAAGAUGAGGUGUCUGAGGACAUGCCCUCUCACGAGGCACCCAAAAUUGCCCCCAUGUUCCGCAAGAAGACUGGCGUGGUCAUCACGCAGAGUCCGGGGAAGUACUUUGUGCCACCACCCAAAUUGUGCAUCGACAUGCCGGACUAAAGAAGCACACACACACAUCCCCCCUCCCCCCCUUCCCAGCGUACUCGCUCCUCUCUGAGAGGGCGAAAGACACGCAGCUCUGCUCCACCUGUUUUGGGGCUCGCAGUGAACUGCAUCCUAGUAGGUUUGCGAAGCCUGAUCCUCCAUAGAAGCAGACAAUCCGAAUAAACUGAGAGACACAGAGGCAGGCACCGGCUGAGAAACUGUGUGCUCCUGUGACAAAUGCCCAGCCACAGUCUGUCAAAGAAAGAGAAGGGGAUGGCUUUUCCUUUUUUGUUGUUUUUUUCCUCUUUGUUUUUUAUAUAUAUUUGUUUGGUUUGUACAGAAAUUGGGGGAUCCGAUAUGGGAGGAAGCCCACUUUGGUUUUGACUCGUUCUUGAAGAGGACAUCCCCAGCAACAUUUUUGCAUCUGUAAACACACACCCUGUUCAUAGUUUGACUUGGAAUAUAUAUUAUUCUACUGGCCUAAACCUUGUAUGACUAUGCUACUGUUAUGCACCUCCCUUGUUCUGUUUUUUUUAAAUCUGUAAGUUUAAAGUGUUCAUUCGUUGAUGAAUAAGGAGAUCAGUUGAAUACCCAACAGUUAAACUUCAUAAUGGACAGGUAUGUAGUUACUAGGUCUCAGUGUAGAUGGAUGUCAGGCUCAUCCCAGUACCACCAUCACCCCAGACCAUUUACUGAACCACUGUGUUCAUGUCAACAAAGGAAAGCAUGUCGUCAGCCAUGUAGCAUCGUCAGUGUAUCUGAUGAAUUUAUAUUGCAUACCUUGUUGCGGCGUUGCAAGAGCCUCUAAUCAUUUUGUGUUACCGUUUAAUUUCAUUUGGCUGAAGGACUUUUCAAUUGAAUGUGCGUGGCCUCUGAAUUGGACAAGUUGAGCAAGUUUUUGAGUUUUUGACUGCCCAUAAGACAGAAUGCCUUUAAUUCUUGUGAACUAGUCGGUAACAUUUUCCAACGUGGCCAACCUUGCAGAAGACCAAAUAGUAACUAACAAAUGUAUCACUACGAGUAGUUGCAGUGGGAUCAGUUAUUUUGUCCUUGAUGCAAACAAAGAGUGACAUCUCUUUCGGUGUAUAGUUUUUAUAGUUCACACUGGCAGAAACACAUAGCUCCCUUUGAACUAAAACUGACAACCUGAGAAAUGAACUCUACAGAAACGAGUUGUGUGUGUGGUUCUGCCAUAGAGCACUGCUGGAAUUGAGCAUUUUUAAGAUUCUGAGUGCAGGAGGCAGUCUAGAGUAAGAGUGAACCCCCUGCAUGUGUCUAAAUGUGUCCUGUAGGUUCAGUAGAGAUGCCUGACUUGACCAAGAAGGCCCUCCAACCUUUUCUGGACCAGUUUGACUAAAGCAUGGGAGUCAUUUAUAUUCCCCUCGAUAUAUACCUUUCUCCCUUUGAUCAUUGAAGUUUUUUGUUUUGCUUUUGCAUUCAAAGGUGUAUGAUUGUGUUUCCCUGCCAAAAAUGCACUUAUGAAGUGUUCCAUAUAGUGGUUUUGAUGUUUAUCAACAACCUGCUGCAGAUGUGGUUGUAACUCCAGUAUGAUUACUGGCGUCAUCAGCAACAUGCAAACUAUGGAAUGCCACUCAGCCAAGCUCUAUAUAUAUAUAUAUAUAUAUAUAUAUAUAUAUAUAUAUAUACACACACACACAUGCAAUUGUCACAUUCCAAGUUGGCAUUAAAAAACACAAACACAUCCUGGUGCACAUUUUUCUCCUUCUGUCUUUUCUCUUACUCUUUUGUUUCACUCUGUUGUUCCCCCUCCUUUGUUUUCCUCUCCCUCCUCAAUCAUUUCCCUCCCCUUUCCUUUCUAUCUCCCCCUCUCAUUCAGUAAUGUACUUUUGAAGUGUUAAAACAGAUCUGUUUUCCAUUUGCUGUUGUCAAUGUUUUGGUUUGUCUGACUCUCAGCUGGUCUGAGGGGGUGACAUGACCUCUGUUUUUAAUCUGCCCUGGACCAAUGUUACUACCCUCACGCUCUCCCAGUCGGCUCUUACUGUCUCUCCGUAUCCCUCAUGCAUACUCUAAUUAAAAAGUCAAACACCAUACAUUCAAAUAUAA